CGGCACCGGGAGCGGGACCGGGAGCGCAGCGCGGCUCGGGCUCGGCGGAGCGGAGCGGCGGGAGCAUGGAGAUGGAGAGGCGCUUGACGCUGGAGCUGCGCAACAAGAAGCCGAGCGAGGUGAAGGAGCUGGUCCUGGAUAACUGUCGCUCAGAGGAUGGCAAGGUGGUCGGUCUCUCCUCAGACUUUGAGAACCUGGAGUUCCUCAGCAUGAUCAACAUCAACCUGCUGUCCGUGUCCAACCUCCCCAAACUCAACAAGCUCCGGAAGCUGGAGCUGAGUGAUAAUAGGAUUUCUGGUGGCCUUGAAGUUCUAGCAGAGAAAACUCCCAACCUGACACACUUGAACCUAAGCGGCAACAAGAUCAAAGACAUCAAUACCCUGGAGCCCUUGAAAAAGUUGCCAAACCUCCACAGUCUGGACCUGUUCAACUGCGAGGUGACGAUGCUCAUCAACUACCGGGAGAGCGUGUUCGCCCUCCUGCCCCAGCUCACCUACCUGGAUGGCUUUGAUGCUGAUGAGCAGGAAGCCCCUGACUCAGACCCCGAAGCAGAUGGGGAUGCACUGGAAGAUGACUAUGAGAAUGGGGAAGAAGGCGAGGAAGAGGAGGAUGAUGAGGAGGAGGACGAUUUGGAUGAAGAAGUCAUUGAUGAUGAGGAAGAUGAAGACGAUGAUCUGGAAGGUGAAGAGGAGGAGGAUGGAGUAGAUGAUGAGGAGGAAGAUGAGGAGGAAGAUGGUGAGGAGGAUGAAGAAGAUGAAGCUGAGGAGGACCAUCCGUGUGGGGAGAAGAGAAAACGAAGUCUAGAGGAUGAAGGAGAGGAAGAUGCAGAGGACGAAGAGGAUGAUGAGGAUGACUGAUCCCAGCGAGCCAAUCAGUUUUACAGACUCUGACUGUGCUUGUCUUAACCUCCCCGUUGUGUCUGUGUGAGACUGUAAAUCCCUGUCUCCCACUCCUCCUCCUCCCCCUUUGUAUGGCUGCAGCGUCCACAAUAUAUUUUUUUAAGAUUUAGAAUACUGUAGGCAUUCAGGGGAAUCUUCCAUACAAGGCUCACUCUUUUCUCACAAGUAUCUCAUGACCAAAGGCUUUUCUCCGUUCGGUGGUUUGUGCAGCAGCUUGCAAAAAAAAAAAAAAUCAA